CAACUUUUUAGCAGGGCAUGUUUCAAAAUGGCUGCGGCCUUGAGAAGAUGUUACCUACUUUCAUUACCGCUAGCGAAUAUUCAAAACCAUGUAUUUACAUUUACUAGAUCAUAUGCAAAGAAAAUAGUUAGCAAAGUUGGUGCUGCAGCAACUGCUAAAAAAGUCAGGAUGGAGGUUGAAACUGAUCCAGAAAAAUUAAUCAAUUUUUGCUGUGGUGCCAACAUUAAUGUUGAUGGAAAAGAUCCUGAAAUCAAGCCAGAUUCAGAAUACCCAGACUGGUUGUGGAAUCUACGCCUGGAAAGGAAAGCAGUAGAUUUAUCACAGCUUGACCCCAACACACAAGAGUAUUGGACUCGGUUGUCUAGAAUAUCCUUUAUCCGAAAUUUAAGGAUACAAAAGAGGCUUAAAAGACUAAAACAAAUGCAGUUCUCAGGUGAUAAAGUUCAGUGAGAUUAAAAAUGUUUCAAACUAGACACAAAAAACUUAUUGUGAUUGUGACCUGAAGUGAAAUGCAUUCAUGUUAUUCUACUAAAAUGUAUUAAUGCGAGUCCUUAUGUUUUUUUUUUUUUUACUGUUGUGUAUCACAUGUAUGCAAAAAAAAUAAAAAAAAAUUUACACCAGAAAAUGUUA